UGUUUGUCAAUAGAUUCGGGAUUCUAAUUGAAACUCCGGUGUCGGCGAAGGAGCAAGGCGGAGAAGAAUAUGUAUCAUCCAUCUAGAGGCGGCGUUCGCGGCGGUCGCGACCAGUUUAGCUGGGAUGAUGUAAAAGCUGAUAAGCAUCGUGAGAAUUAUAUUGGACACAGUGUCAAUGCUCCAGUUGGAAGAUGGCAGAAAGGUAAAGAUCUUUUUUGGUAUGCACGUGACAAGAGAUCUCAACAAAUGAACCCAGAGGCAGCAAAAGAAGAGAUAAGACGGAUCAAAGAGGAGGAGGAGAAAGCCAUGCUGGAGGCUUUAGGAUUAGCUCCCAAACGUGCUGCCCAACAUCAAGGUAACAGGCUAGACAAGCAUGAGUUCUCUGAGCUGGUGAAACGAGGCUCUACGGCAGAUGACCUGGGAGCAGGCCAUGCUGAAGCUGCUCAUGUUCAAGGCCUUGGGUUUUCAAGAGGGCAUCAGCCAUGGAAGGAAUCAUCAAGUUCUGGGCCAGUUAUGUCAUCUAGUGAGAUGCGGGAGCCUUCUGAGACCAGAAUCGGGCCCAAGCUGGAGGAAUCCAUAACAAAGGAGGAAGAACGGUCAAAAGAUGAAAGAAGCCAAAAGAAGAGACAUCAUGAAGAUAAGAAACGGGAGAAGCAUGAUAGGCACGAGAAACGACAUUCCCGUAACUCAGAUGGUGAAAGGAAAAGACAUAGGAGGGACAAGGAGAAGAGAAGACAUGAUUCUGAUUAAGUUGCCUUUGACGUGUAUGUAUAAAGUCAAUAUCAAAACAUUUCUACGGAGAAACCAAACCGUCUGGAUGCAUACAAACUCGGGAAAUGCUUAUGACACGAAAGGUCAGUUCAAAUAGCAUAGUAUCUAUCAUUUGUGUGCAAACCAUGCGAGCCUAUGUGUGUUUUAUGGUAUUUUGAUUACGCUUCUCAAGUUCCGGAAUUCAAAAUAUUUUGAGUUGAAUUGUUUUUCUUAUCGCCUUAGCAUUAUGGUUGAUGAGGAGGUCUAGACAUUCAUGUUUUCUUGAACGGUUGGACGUAAAGUAACAAAGCGAGAAGUUGGUG